GAUUCACCGCAGCGAAUCACUCUGCAAGGCUAAACAAUUACUAACAGUCAGAUUUUAUAUUAUUUAUGUCCUCUAGAACAAUACAGCAAAUGAAGUUAAUCUACAAGAAAAAAAAUUGUAAACCCUAUAAAUCACGAAUUACAACAAGCCCAUAAAUAGAUUACUGGUUGUGUUCAAACUGAACAGAUCGUUUAUCAAUUCCCCUUCACGCUGCUCGGCUGCUCCAUAUGUGAACGUGAUGUGGGUCUUUACAAGACUGAACUACAGCAGCGACCGCGGGACUACACAAGGUUUCAUGUCUCUUAAUGCCCAUGGAUGGGUUACUGAACGGGCCUACUGGGCACAGGCACAGGGGCCCAUAGCGUCAGGGGCCCUGACCAUAAAAUAUAGCUCCUUCCCAGGGAGGAAGUAUCAUCUGCCUGAAGAAGCAUUUCCCUAAAUCAUGGAUAAGAACCAGAAUCGAUUGGCAGAAUAUAAAUCAUGAAUAUAAGUCAGUCAUACUUGACUCCCUACGUAUUAAUAUUUUCAAUCUAUUUGUCCCCAAGAUGUCUGCUGAGCUCUACUGUGUGAGUGAACCAGGUGGAAAUAAUGCAAGUCUUCAAAGCACCACAGUGGGGGGCAGCAAACCUUUACACCGCUUCUUGAAGGGGCAACCCAAGAUUAUUGGCAUCAUCGUGCUGGUCAUGGGCUCGUCUUUCUUCAUCGUUUCCCUAGCGAUCAUACCAGAGUACUUUAGUUCAUUCACAUGGACAGCCAUCCAGCCUGGCUUCGCAAUGGGAAUACUGUUCAUCAUAUCUGGGAUUGUGUAUAUUCUGACAGAGCACAGCCCAACAAAGAAAACAGUAACCAUUUCGUUGGCUCUGAGUAUUGUGACCAUACUGGGGAUAUGUUGGGCUCUCCUGGGCACAUUGCCCACCUUAGAUAGAUACAACUACCACAACACGUCAAAUAAGCACAUGGAAAUGUCUAUGGAAGUGAUCUUCCUGGUUCACACUAUUGUGGGAGUAAUUAUUUUCAUUGUAAUGUCAUGUCUGGCUGGGGCUGCCCUGCGUUCCACCAAGAGCCAGGCCAUUGUAGUGAUGACUACUACACCGGCUGAAACACCAGUUGAAUAACAAGCACAUGAGGAAGAUCUAAAGUGUGAUAAAUUGAGCAGAGUGAAGAAAUAUAAAGCACACCAAACAUAGCCCAACAUAUAUAAUUUCUAACUACUGACCACUGGUAACUAGCAUUUUUUGAUGUUGUAUAUCAAUUCAAUACAGAUAAUAUGAAUAUAACUAUAUGUAUUGUC